ACAACAUUUCAUCAGCAGCGUCUUCCCGCAUGGCAACCUAUAGUUACUGCUAGAAACGUCUUCCCAUUUUUCCUUAUAGUUGGCAUCAUAUUUGUCCCGCUUGGGGCGUUUUUACUUGUUUCUUCAAACCAGAUAGUCGAGAAAAUUGUAGACUACACACAUUGUCUCUCAGUUGAGGAUAAUAGAACAAUGUGUUCCGAAUCAGUAAAGAAUCCAUCAUUUGUCAAUAAAUAUCAAUAUUGUCAUUGCCGGAUAGAGAUCUCUUUAGAACAGGAUAUACCAUAUCCUGUCUAUGUUUAUUACGGAUUGACAAAUUUUUACCAAAAUCAUCGGCGAUAUGUUAGAUCUAGGGACGACAACCAACUUAAUGGAAAAUUUCAAGAAUCUCUUACUUCAGACUGUGAUCCCUACCGCUACUAUCAAAAUAGUACAAUGCAAUUUGCACCCUGUGGAGCCAUUGCUAUGAGCAUUUUUAAUGGUUGGCUUCACUUUUUUCUGUCCACAUAUUAUCCAUUAUGA